AUGAUUGCUGGGACUCUUUAUGGAAAGAAAUACUCCCGCAUUCAGAUCUUGGCUGUCAUUCUCCUAACCAUUGGUGUUAUCACCGCGGCUUGGUCGGACGCACAAUCCAAGGACUCUUCAAAGACCGCUGAGAGAAGCGAUAGACCCGCUUUUGGAACAGGACUGAUCAUCCUCUUCGUGGCACAGGUUCUCUCCGCCAUCAUGGGCCUCUAUACCGAGGAGACAUAUAAAAAAUACGGGCCUCAGUGGAGAGAGAACUUGUUCUACUCGCACUUGCUAUCUCUGCCCCUUUUCCUCCCAUUUGCGCCGUCGCUGAUCCGUCAAUUCCGACGGUUAGCCAGCAGCCCGCCAUUGUCGUUACCUGCCUUGGCACAUCUUUCCGGUCUUGGCCUAGGCAAAAAUACUGAAGGGGAAACAGCUGGAUUCCACGUCCCGAGCCAGCUUGCCUACCUCGCAACGAAUGUUCUUACCCAGUACGCGUGUAUAAGGGGUGUCAAUCUUCUAGCGGCCGUGUCUUCGGCAUUGACCGUUACCAUCGUGUUGAAUAUUCGCAAAUUAGUCAGUCUGCUCUUGAGUAUAUGGCUGUUUGGUAACCGGCUAGCUGUGGGGACGCUGCUUGGGGCGAUCGUCGUGUUUGGUGCGGGUGGACUCUACUCAUUAGAUUCCAGAGCCAAGACCUCGAGAGUGCAUAAGGGCUCAGGUACGAAAUAG